CGUGCAACUUGCAGACAAACAAAGCUGCACUUCCUGAGCUGUAAACAGUGUGAGAAGUUCCUGCUUCAGCUCUGGUCACGAAGCAGCAGAUGUGGUAUAAGCAUGAGACGAGCACCGCUGCUUAGGUUUUGCAUUUGGAAUUAAAGGUCUAAUUUGACGUUGUUUCUAGACAUAUUUGUAAGUCACUGUUUCACAUCUGGGUCACAAUGUACACGUUCCUCCCAGAAAACUUCACUCCUGUCAAGCAGAAGCUGCCUAAAAAACAGAAGCAUUUGAUUGGUGCUUUCCUUCUGGGUCUCAUACUUGUUAUAUUUGCUGUUGUUUCAUGGAGCUACUACUCGGUCUCCCUCAGAAAAGCAGAUAGACUAAAAACUAAACUUUUAGAUUUGAGGAAAGAUGGCUUUACAAUACACAACCAGCAAGGACAGAAAGUCUUCCGAAUGGCAUUCCAGUCUGGGUCUCUUGAUCUAGAGUCUUGUGCCAAGUAUGGUGAGAUUUUAUCUUGUACAAAGUCAGACAAAGGGAAGUUAAAUUUCUUCAUUCAGACGGUAAUGCCCAAAGAUACAGUCAUGUGCUACAGAGUACGAUGGGAAGAGUUUGUAGCAGACACAGACGUCCAACAUACCAUGUACUGGGAUGAUGCAUACUGGUACGGAGGAGCUGAAAUGAGUACACAACACUGGCCUAUUAGACUGUUUGGAUACCAGGAGCCCAAGCCAUUUGUAACUAGUGACAUAUAUGCUCUUAGGGACAGCUUUGGUGGAAUACUUGAACGUUACUGGUUGUCAUCAAAAGCCGCAGCUAUUAAAAUUAAUGACUCUGUACCUUUCCAUCUUGGAUGGAAUAGUACAGAAAAGUCUCUGUUUUUUGAAGCCAGAUAUAAGGACUCACCCUACAGACCUCCAGUGGGGCAACAGCCCUUCCCAGAGCUAAGUUACCGUGUUUGUGUCGGAUCUGAUGUUACAUCUAUCCAUAAGUAUAUGGUGAGAAGGUAUUUUUACAAGCCCACCAAGAUUCCAUCUGUAAACAUGUUCAAAUAUCCAAUUUGGUCUACAUGGGCUAUAUUUAAAACGGCUAUUGACCAAGAUAAGCUAUUGCGAUUCACAGAGAAAAUAAAGAAAUACAAGUUUAAUUACAGCCACAUAGAGGUAGAUGACAUGUACACAAAAACAUAUGGUGAUUUUGACUUUGAUCCAAUAAAGUUUCCAAAUGCCACAGAAAUAUUCAAAAAGCUAAAGGAAGAUGGUUUUAAAGUAACACUUUGGAUUCAUCCUUUUAUAAAUUAUAACUCAUCUAAUUUUGGAGUGGGAAUUGAAAAACAGCUGUUUGUUAAAGAGCCGACUGGUCGGCUUCCUGCUAUGGUUCAGUGGUGGAAUGGUAUAGGAGCAAUACUUGAUUUUACAAACCCCCAAGCAAGAGAGUGGUUUCAGAAUAAUUUAAGACAACUCACAACAAAAUAUGGGAUUUCAUCUUUUAAAUUUGAUGCUGGUGAGACCAGUUUUCUUCCUAAACAGUUCAGUACAUUUAAGCCUUUGUCUGAUCCAAGCAUAUUUAGCAGGAGAUACUCGGAAAUGGCAAUUACAUUUUACGAACAGGCUGAGCUGAGAGUUGGUUAUCAGUCACAGAACAUAUCCUGCUUUUUUAGAAUCAUUGACCGGGACUCUGUGUGGGGAUAUGAAUUGGGGCUCAAAUCCCUAAUACCUACAGUUCUUACCAUAAGCAUGCUGGGAUAUCCUUUCAUCUUACCUGACAUGAUUGGCGGAAAUGCAUACGCUAGUAAUAAAGUCAAUGCUGACAAAUUGCCAGACCGGGAACUCUACAUCAGAUGGUUGGAAGUUUCUGCUUUUAUGCCCUCUAUGCAGUUCUCUGUCCCACCUUGGGCUUAUGAUAAUGAGGUUAUUGAAAUUGCUCGAAAGUUUACGCAAAUUAGAGAGUCGUUAGUAGCUCCUCUGUUACUGGAGCUUGCAGGAGAAGUUACAGUUACAGGGGAUCCAAUUGUCCGACCCAUUUGGUGGAUAUCUCCCAAUGAUGAGACUGCACAUAAAAUUGAUUCCCAGUUUCUGAUUGGGGACACAUUGAUGGUGGCUCCUGUUCUAGAGCCAGGCAAGCAGGAGAGAGAUGUCUAUAUUCCGUCUGGUCGGUGGCGCAGUUAUAAAGGCGAAUUGUUUGUGAAGACACCAUUCCUAUUUACUGAUUACCCAGUAGACUUGGAUGAGGUGGCCUAUUUCAUUUGGGUCUCUUAGAAAUCUAUUAGCAAAGUUCUACAAUUAAUUGUUGCCUUAUUUACACACCUUUUGCAGGUUUGAAAAAAAUUAAUUUGGGCUUCCAGAAAAUAUAAGCUAUUGAAGCUUAUUCCACUCUUAUAGUAAAUAUGUAUCUUUGCAAGUUACCGUAUAAAACACACUAACCUGA